GCAUAUAGCUGUUGUUAGUUUUGUGAAUAUUGAGGAAGAGCGUAGUGGCGAUGGAGAGUAUAGUUAUUAGUAGUGUGUGUAUACAGGAUUAAUUAGUGAAUUUAUAAGUUAAUAUUUAAACUGACCGCACUGUACUCCGUCCGUGCGAUUUUGAAAGUGUAAGCUGAACCCCGGGCCGGAAUAAAAUAUUAAAAUUACCAUUAUCUUCACAAAAGAAUUACUUUGUUAAGCGUACUGUACUGAAGUGUGUGUGACGUAUCGGUUAAUCGACACUAACUACUUAGCUUUUUACAGUUUGAAGUUUGUUUUUUUUUUUACUUUUCAAACACUAGUUUCUCGAGAAGUUAGAGAAAAAUCAAAUGUCUUUUGGUUAGUUCCAAGGGACUUUUCUUUUGUUAGAAUCUUUUUUUUUUUGUUUGUUUGUUUUAUUUUUAAACCACCUACAAAGGUGGCUGAGGAUAAAGUGUGUUUUGGCGACGCUAGUCGAUUACAUGUCGGGCCGAAGCGGUCUUGGGGUGGUCCGCGGUGGAGGUUCGGGGUUACAGCCGCUGAGGGCCACAGUCCCCUUCCAGCUCCACAAACAGACUAACAGGGAAUCCAGCCGGGCAAGUACUGCAGGUGAAAAGACCAAAUCUUGCCCACCAAAGCCACGCAUCAGACGCACCCUGUCUCUGGACACCAUCGUGGGCCCCUACCUUCAGGGGCAGUGGCCGAGGGAGCUGGAAGGACAUGACCUGUACUUGAAUGACAAGGCUACUCAGACCCCCAGCUUUUGGUUUGAGGAUUCCCCUGGAAGGAAAGGCUCCAGCACCCACAAACGUUCUGCAUCCUGGGGCAGUGCGGAGCACCUGCGGGAGUUUGCCAAGCUGAAGCAGCAGCUGCAGCAGCGGGGCAAGCAGAGUAUGCGGAACGGGUGGGAGAGAGAGCUCCACCCUCCUCUCCCUGGAGACCUCAGCACAGCGCAGGCGCCCUCCCCCCCGGACCCCCAGACCCCCAUGUCUAGGCUGACCCCCCGUCUGCGUCGGAGUGUGGAGGGACUGAACCUGGAGCUGGAGGGAGUCUUUGUGAAACAGCAGGCUGAGAAGGAGAUCAGCAGGAUUCUGGAUAUCCCCGAUGGUCACCGCGCUCCAGUCCCACCCCAGCGCUACAGCAGUGGCUGUCAGAGCGAGUCCUCCCCUGCACCCCUGUCCCUGUCCCUGUCCCGCUCCCCCUCGCCCGGCCUCGGCCCUGUUAGGGACACUGCUCCAGACCUGGACAGAGACAGUGGCUGCCCCUCUCCUGUGCUUCUCUUAUCCUCGUCCCCCGGACCCAACAACAGCUACAGCUUCAAGAGGGAGCCUCCUGAGGGGUGUGAGCGAGUGCGCGUCUGCGAGGAGACCGUACCGCACUGCCUCGGCCAGGCUUUCCUGCACUCCUCCUGUCCUGACAAAAACAAGGUGAACUUCAUCCCCACGGGCUCCGCCUUCUGCCCCGUCAGCCUCCUCAAGCCCCUCCUCCCCUCCAUGGACUUCCUGUUCCGCAGUCUCUCCGUUUCCCCGAGCGGGGGUGGUGCGUCCUGUCAGACGGGGGCUGCGGGCGGCUACCUGGGUCCGGCCAUGUGAACCAGCUCCUCCAGCGCAUGGGAGGGAUCACAAGGAGCCUUCUGUCCAGCAAGGGGGCAGAGGAUACUACACUACGGCCAGCUCUGUCUGAGCACAGAACUGGAGGCUACAGUGUCUAAAUGCACUUUUAAAAAAAAAAAUAUAUAUAUA